CAGGUCCUGUGAUGUUGCGUCAUCGCAAUGAAUCAUAUUGUAAGCAGCACCUUGGCUGAUAAAUCCAUUAGGUCUCCUGCUGCCGACAUGUCAUUCGUCUCAUAGUCGCAGUUGAUUCGGCUCACAGUGGGGUCCUGCCAAAUCGAUCGCCCGGGAGGUGCCGGAGAGUUGCAGCCCACAUAACGGGAUAUCCGCAUGCCAAUCAAUUUGACCGCCUUUGGAGGUCCCUCAUUGCCAACUACUGAGGUUCAUUAAUGGCUUUUGCUCAAUUUUCACUGAUAUAUGAUCCGGUGUAUCUACCUGCAUCGCCGCAAAAUGUAACUGAGUUACACAUUCGAUACCGCUUAGUAAAGCCGAUCAGCCAUUGGCAGAAUCAGCGAAUGAAUUCACGUGCCGUGAACGACCCCGCCAUCUUGUCAUCCCGCACAUGGCUCUAUUGCUGUCAGAUUAUACUGUAGUCGGGAUCAGAUUAUAAUCGUUAAUCGCGCCUGUUUGUCUCAAGAUACGCGAGAUCUACAUCCGCUGCCAUGUGUUCCCAAGAACUGAAAAUCGUUGACAAAUGAAGCCUUACUAGAGACCUCAUUGAUGACAUUCCUCACUAUAUAAUACUUCCACAUGUGGAGGAAGGAGGUCACCUUCCGAGAUGCAAAGAGGACGUGUUAUGAAUAAUCCAUGACACUAGUCUACAGUUGCUCGUGGCCGGCACAGCCGAAUACCACGAGAUGUGGAUCAAAUCCCCAGGCAGUUAAUUAUAUUUGACUCAGCAAGCUUACAGCGACUGAUUGGUGAAGUAGCCGCUCUCAACUAAAUUAGGCUAAGUGCGUAUGGCAAUCAUACAGGUACGGCUGAACCCAACCUCAUCAUCAUCGUACAACGCGCACUCAGCAAAAGCAGUAUGAGCAGUGCAGGCAGCACUACUGUACACUCCCAGCGUCUAGUUCUCAAGUACACGAUCCAUUUAUCAGGCUCCUUGCAACAGUAAUGGCGGCGAUCGGGCUUACUGCAAGCAUUAUCGCAGUUAUUGACUUAUCUGCAAAGGUUGCUUCACAGUGCUCUGAGUACUACGCCAAGGUCAAGAAUGCUAGAGACGACAUUGAACGCCUUCAGGAGGAGAUUAGACAAUUAAAAGAAAUCCUCGGGCAAGCUCAGUCGCUAUGUGAUGGUGCAAAUGGUGCAAAACUCCAGUCAUCCCAAAAUUUACGCGAUGGGGUGAAGGAGUCCAAGAAGCAGCUCGCCCAGCUAGAGACAAAGUUGAAGCCUCGAAAAUAUGAAUUGAUGAGUCGGUUCGGGAGGCACGCCUUAGCGUGGCCCUUUAAGAGUCAUGAGGUGGAGGACACUAUGAAGAAACUAGGGAAAUGCAAGGAUAGCGUAUCUUUCAGUCUCCAAUUCGACCAAAUAGUACAAGUUCUUAGCAUCCAUCAAGAAAUUGUUCUUGACAGACUACAGUCUGCCGACGACGCCGCGUUCGACUCCCACGCCGAAGAGCAUAAUGCUAGAUGCUAUAAAGGCACUCGAGUUCAACUUAUUCAACAGAUAAAUACGUGGGCAAGUGACCCUAGCAGUGAAUCUAUAUACUGGCUGAGUGGUAUGGCUGGCACUGGCAAGUCGACAAUCUCCCGCACUAUGGCCCAGAAUUUUGCUAAAGAUGGAGAGCUCGGCGCUAGCUUCUUCUUUAAGAGAGGUGAAGGCAGCCGUAAUCAUGCAGGAUUGUUCUUUUCGACAAUUGCUGCACAGCUUGUCCAGAAACUACCUUCGUUAGCUCCACAUAUCCGACAUGCAAUUGAAGCUGACCCAGCUAUCUCUAACAAGGCUCUAAAGCAACAGUUUGAGACGCUAGUCAUACAACCCUUUAGCAAGAUACGUCUUGAUCCUCAGAAAUCGUUAAGCAUAGUGAUAGUUGUUGAUGCCCUUGACGAGUGCAACCGAGAAGAGGACCUUUGCGUUAUAAUUCAUCUCCUCCAACAAGUGCAGCAGAUAACAUCGGUACGCCUUAAGUUCUUUUUGACAAGCAGGCCAGAGCUACCAAUUCGCCUCGGCUUUGAGGACAUAAGUGGCAGAUAUAAGUGUUUGGUUCUGCAUGAGGUCCCCAACCCUAUUAUCGAGCAUGACAUCUCUGCCUUCCUUGAAUAUGAGCUAGCAAGAAUUCGGGAUGAGUACAACAAAUCAGUUAUUCUAGACCGCCAACUGCCUACAGAUUGGCCAGGACAAGCAAAUGUCCAAAGUCUAGUCCAAAUGGCUAUCCCAUUGUUCAUUUUUGCUGCAACAAUCUGCUUGUUUGUUAAGGAUCGUAGAUGCGGCGAGCCUGGGGAACAACUUACGAAAGUUUUGAAAUAUAAGACUAAAAGCCAGGAAUCUGCGCUUGACGCAACGUAUCUCCCAGUCCUUGACCAGUUGCUUGUUGGGCUUACUAACUCACAAAAAGACGAACUAGUUAAAAAUUUUGAGGAAGUCGUUGGCUCGAUCGUGAUUCUCGCCAGCCCUCUAUCUACUGUUUCUCUUGCUCGACUACUUGAUAUCUCCAAUGCAAGAGUCAAUCACAUUUUAGACCUCCUCCACUCAGUUUUGAGUAUCCCUUCUAAUCCAGAUAUACCAGUACGACUACUCCACCUUUCAUUCCGUGACUUCCUCCUCGACAGUGAGAAGCGCGAGGAGCAUCCAUUCUGGAUUAAUGAACAGAAGUGCCACCAGAGAUUGGCGACACAAUGCCUUCAAACUUUAUCGAAGGGACUAAAAAAUGAUAUUUGCAAUCUUCAAGUGCCAGAGAGGCUACAGGCAGAUGUUGAUAGGCAAACGAUAAAUGCAAAAAUUCCACUAGAUAUCCAAUAUGCUUGUCAGUAUUGGGUGUACCACCUAAAGGAAGGUAGAAACAUCAUAUCCGACGACGACCAAGUCUACAAAUUUCUCCAACGCCACUUCCUCCAUUGGCUUGAAGCAUUGAGCUUUAUUCAGAGGUUACCAGAAGCCAUUGGCAUGAUUAAUGACCUAAUAGCUAUAUUAAGGCCAACAGAAAGCAUUGAACUGUCUGCACUUCUUUAUGACGCAAGGCGGUUUAUUCUUAGUCACCUCUCAAUAGCUGAGCUGUCACCCCUCCAGCUCUAUUCUGCUGCACUUAUCUUCUCCCCAAAGGACAGUGUUAUUCGAAAUAUGUUCCAAGGUUAUAUACCAAAUUGGAUAUCACAGCAGCCAGUAGUAGAACCAGGUUGGAAUGCCACGCUUCAGACGCACGAAGGCCAUGGCAGCAAUGUCAACUCAGUGGCCUUUUCGCACGACUCGAAGCUACUAGCGUCAGCGUCGGGCCAGACGUCGGCGUUAGAGUCUAGGCUCUUAAGCGACAACACUGUCAAGAUCUGGAAUGCGACCACUGGCACACUGCAGCAGACGCUCGAGGGCCAUAGCAACUCAGUCCGCUCAGUGGCCUUCUCGCACAACUCGAAGCUGCUAGCAUCAGCGUCGUACGACAAGACUGUUAGAAUCUGGGACACAGCUACUGGCACGCUACAGCAGACACUAAAGGGCCAUAGUAGCGGAGUUACUACAGUGGUCUUCUCGCACAACUCAAGGCUGCUAGCAUCAGCGUCAUUUGACAAGAUUGUUAGAAUAUGGGAUGCAGCUACUAGCAUGCUACACCAGACACUCGAGGGCCAUAGCAGCGUGGUUACCUCAGUGGUCUUCUCGCACGACUCGAAGCUGCUAGCAUCAGCGUCAGGUGACAAUACUAUUAGGAUCUGGGACGCAGCCACUGGAACGCUGCACCAGGCGCUCAAGGGCCAUAGCGCCUCGGUCAACUCAGUGGCCUUCACGCACGACUCGAAGCUGCUAGCAUCGGCGUCAGGUGACAAGACUGUUAGGAUCUGGGACGCAGCUAUUGGCACGUUGCAGCAGACACUUAAGGGCCAUAGCAACUCAGUCCGCUCAGUAGCCUUCUCGCACGACUCGAAGCUGCUAGCAUCAGCAUCAUGCGACAACACUGUUAUAAUCUGGGAUGUAGCUAUAGGCACAUUACAGAAGACGCUUAAGGGCCAUAGCCAUGUCGUCACCUCAGUAGUCUUCUCGCACAACUCGAAGCUAUUAGCGUCAGCAUCAUGCGACCAGACCAUUAGAAUCUGGGACAUAGCUACUAGCACGCUGCAGCUCGAGGGCCAUAGCUGCGUGGUUCACUUACUGAUCUUCUCAAACGACUCGGAACUGCUAGCAUCAGUGUCAGGCGACAAGACUAUCAGGAUCUGGGAUGCGACUAUUGGCACACUGCACCAGACACUCAGGGGCCAUAGCGGUUGGGUUAACUCAGUGGCCUUCUCGCAUGACUCGAAGCUGCUAGCGUCAGCAUCCGACGACACUGUUAGGAUCUGGGACUGGAUCACAGGCACGCUGCAGCAGACUCUCAAAGGCCAUAGCGGUUGGGUUAACUCAGUGGCCUUUUCACACGACUCAAAUCUACUAGCGCUAGCCUCGGGCGAUGCGCCGGACAACGAGGCUGUUAAGCUUUGGAGCAACAACAUUGUUAAGAUCUGGAACACGGCCACAGGCACGCUGCAGGAGAUGCUUGACGGCCAUAUUGAUUAUGUCUUCUCAGUAGUCUUCUCCCACGACUCAAAGCUGCUGGCAUCGGCAUCAUCUGACAAGACCAUAAGAAUCUGGGACGCAACCACCGGCAUGCUGCAGCAAACUAUCGCAGUUAGCGGAUACAUCUCUAGUUUAUUAUUUGAUAUUGCAGACUCUAGCCUUAUUACCAACAUCGGCCGUAUCAAAUUAGGUAAACCAAAACUCGUUUCUGUGUCCGAAUCUUCCCAAGAGGGCGGCAGGAAAAGCAAUCGCAAAGGAUUAGCUAUUAGCGGGUCUUGGAUUACGUGGAACGCACAAAACUUACUCUGGUUACCACCUGACUACCGGCCUAUACAUUCCGGUGCUUCAUUACUGAGGGAGUCAAGACUCGCUAUCGGCUGCAAAUCUGGGAAGGUUGUUACUAUCGGGUUCUCAUUAGCUAUCUUAAACAGCUCUUACUCUUAAUGAAGUUUAUUUAUUACAAUAAAUUUAAAUUUUACUUUGAUGAACAUAAUCGCUUUUAUUUUAUUCUACUAAGCUGGAUGAGAGGACGUAUGGCGAAGGCUAUGCCUAUAUACUUUGCUGCACUGAGGCGCAGCAUAUAAAACAAACCCCCCCACUGUCGAACUGGAACGAAGAGCGGAG